UACAACCAGAGCAUAAGGAGAAGGAUGGAUACAGGGAUACAACCAGAGCAAAGGAGAAGGAUGGAUACAGGGAUACAACUAGAGGAAAGAUGCAAGAUGGAUUCAUUUAUAUCCAGGGAGAAACAAGGAAUGAUUGAACCGAAGAUAAAAGGGAAAGUCAAUCCUGAUUUGAGAAAACUAGAAAAUCCAAGAUUGAAUCCAGAAAUGUUUAAUCGAAGGAUGUCAGAGAUGAAUGAACAGAGGAUUUCAGAUAUAAGAGAAGAAAUAAGUCCGGGGAUGAUGAAUCGAAUGAAUUUGGAUAUUAGAGAACGAAGGUUUCCGGAGAUGAGAGAUUGUUUGAAUCCGGAGAUGAGAGAUUGUUUGAAUCCGGAGAUGAGAGGUCGAUUAAACCUAGAUAAUGAACGACAAAGUUUGUAUACAAGAGAAGGAAUGAAUCCGGAUAGGAAGGAUUCAGAGAAAGGAGGAAUGACUAACCCAGAGAUCGAUUUACAAAGAAGAGAAGAAUCGGAUUCGACGCAAAGUAGAUAUACUGAUCCAGAAAUACAGGCAGUUGAAACAAUAAAAUCAGUGAAACAACCGCAGGAAAAAGAAAGGAUGGAAAACGCCGUGGAUGAGAAGAUCGGAAGAUGUGGAGAAGAGAAUAGGAACCGGUGGAUUGAGAAAGGAGAAGAAGAGAAAAGGGGAAAAAAAAGACUAAGGCUGGAUGUAAAGCUACAAGAGGAGCAGAGACAGAGAGAGGAACGUCAGGAAAGAAUUACUAUGGAGAAGAGAGGGAGAGGAGGAACGAGUACAAAGGUUGGUGAGGAACUGAGAAGAAAGGACAGUAUCCAACAUGUAGAAGAGAUACAGAGCAAACUGAUGAUCUGUUUAUCCAGAAUUAAGAAUAGACGAAGAGAAUUGUCUGAAUUAAGAAAAAAGACUGCUGAGCAGGAGAUAAGGAGAAAGGAACUUGAGAAGCUGGAUGCUAAGAGAUUACUCCAGGGGAAGGAGGAGAUAUCUGAGGUUGAGAAUGAAGUGUUGAUGUAUACUGAGAUGGUGAAGUCCAAGAGCAUACAGGACACCUCCACCUGUAGUAAUGUGGACCUGGAGUUCAACCAAUCUAUAGCGAAAGUAGAGGAGACAAGAGAUAGAUUGAGAAUAUUACAGAGACGAAAAUAUGAGCUGUUGCACCAGUUAGGAGAGCAGAACCUAGGAGAUGAUACUACAGAAGGUUCCAGUAGUGGUUUAAUCAAGGAUUGCCUCGAGGAGAGUAUCCAAGAGCUCAAGAAGUCUUCUACUCAAUCCUUACACAAACUGGAAAAGGAGCUGGGACUCCUUGGAUCCGUUCUAGAUCAGAUUCCUAGGGUAUCUGUUAAACUACAAACUGCAACCAACAACUUGAAGAAGAUUGUUGGGAACCUAGAGAGUGAGAAUUCUGAAAUAAAACGGAAGAUUGAUGAUCUGAAUCUAGCGAUAGGAGUUCGAACACGUCUAGCGAUAAAAGGAGAAGAUGUAACUGGGCGGAACUUGACUAAAAAGACGAUGAAAGAAAAGAGGAAAGUAACUCCCAAGCAUUAUCAACGAGAAUCCUUAUUGGCUGAGAUUAGGAAAAAAGAGAAAAUGAUCGAGGCUUUUAAGAGUGUUUCUAGUCAGGGUAGUAUAAGUUGGAGAAACCUUGAAAUCUUGAGUUCCAAAACCCCAGUUCAGAUACGAGAUAUUCAGAUGGUCAAAUCAGAGAUUCACGAUAUCAGGGCACAGUGGGAUUUGGAGAAAGGUAUGAUGAGUGAGGGAGCCAAGGUUGAGUUCUCGUCCAUCCAGUCUAGUCUCAAGAGAAUGGAAUACGACCUAAGCAGGAAACAGAAGGAAUUGAGCUCGCUUAAAAAAGGCCAGUUGCGACUUCAAGCUUGGAAUAUAUCUAGUGAGAUUCUAGCUGACAUAAUUGAUAAAUUAUAAGAGAUCUAACACAAUUAAUAUUGUGCCAGGUGUAGAAAGUUGAGAAUAUGUUGCGGUAUUCAAAAUUGAACAAUGCGCAUUCUUCAUACACAUCUGCACCGUUCAACGUAGUCCGCUUUAUUUAACGAUCUUAAAAAAUUAUCCCAACAAUGCAAAUUACCUCAGGAGCUUCUAUGGUAUACGAUAAAUUGUUUUGCUUAUUUGUCUAUUAAUCUUUAAAGUUGCAAGUAUUUUUGAUAUUUCAUAAUUUAAAAUUUUGUUUGUUUGCAGAAAAA